UGGACUCUGGCUACUAUUCGUAAUUUUGCCAUGUUCGUCUGAUCGACUUGUUACGGCUUAUUCUGCACUUUUAAGGAAAAGUGUGCCAGUAGCACCGCGCGAGAUCCCACGAACGGAUUGUUUUCGAAUCAAUCGAACCUUCUCACAUUGAGUAAAAUAUCAUGGAACGCUCAGUGUCAGAUGCUUCCUCCACUGACCUUGUGACAUCCGUAGAUUCAUUUACCCCAUCAACCCCAUCGGCUAGUCCAUUAGAAAAAUUUAAAAAAGCUUUAUCUAUUGUGACAGUUGAGCCUGUAUUAUUUAUGUACAUGCUUGCAACAUUUAUGCAAUAUUCAGUAUUUCAAGAUCUAGUCUAUCAAAAGACUUGUCAAAAUAAUUUCAAUUCAUCAGUUUGUCACAACCUCAACAACAACAGCUAUGCACUUGAUGUGGUGCAAGAACAAGCUUCUCACUGGAUCUUGGGCUCAACAGCAGCCCUGACUAUACCUUCUAUAAUUGUUGCAAAUUAUUUGGGAUCGUAUUCAGAUUUAUAUGAUCGAAAGUGGCCACUUCUUUUUCCAGCAUGUGGCAUGGUGCUGGCUAGUAUUGUCUACAUUCUCAUGUCUCUUUAUGAUUCCAUUCCAGUUUCAAUGAUUGUUUUGGCCAGUUUCUUUUCUGGCAUAUUUGGAGGCUUUGUAAGCUGUAUAAUGAGCGUAAUGAGCUAUAUUUCGGCCAUAAGUAGCGAGGAGAGCCGCUCAUUGCGUGUUGCAAUGUUAGAGGCCAUGACUUUUUGCGGCGGCACAAUUGGGCCAUUUAUCGGUGGUGCCUUACUUGGAUCAACUGGAAGCCAUGCAGCUGUAUUCCUUGUGAUCAUGGCCUUUUACGUUCUAGUCAUCCUUUACGUUAUUUUCUUGGUACCGUCAGUCAAAGAUGAUCGAUCUGCCGACGAGCAGUUGCUGUUAACGUCCGAUAAUUGCUGUCGGAAGCUUUUUAGUUGCCAUCAUUUUCAGUCGAGCUUGCAAACCUGUUUUAAACCGCGGCCCAACAGUCGGCGCCGCAACCUCCUUCUCCUGAUAACUUGUGCACUGAUAACUAUGACGGUCACUGCAGGUGAAAUGGACGUAGCUUAUCUUUUUACUAAGGAUGACCCACUUAACUGGAGUUACGAAACCUACAGCUACUAUUUUGGAUUGAAAUUCGGAGUUGGUGCCCUGUCGCUAAUCGCUCUAUCUCCAGUGGUCCGCCGAUUAAAUUUCCAGGAGGCUUUUACCUGCUGUAUCGGGCUUGUCUCCAAAGCUGCCGGCUUGAUCCUGCAUGGUUUCGCAACAACAACAGUCAUGAUGUUUUGCGUGCCAUUUCUUUCCAUGUUCAACACCUUUUGUCUACCAUCUAUACGUUCGCUCUUGUCGAAACAGGUUGAGCCAAAUGAAUUAGGGAAGCUAUUUGCGUUUGUCGCGUCUAUUGAAAACAUUUGCACCUUGCUGGGGUCCAUUGUGUUCAACGUCCUUUACCCGCUGACGCGAUCUAUAUUCCGUGGCUUCACCUUCGAGUUGGCGGCCGCAUUACUCGUCAUCCCACUUAUUCUUAUGAGCUACCUGGGUUACCAAAUGAAGAAGGAACUCUAUUACGUUUCUACUGCGGAAGCCCGGCGAUCCGACACUUCAGCGUAAAGGAAAAGAAGCUCAGCGUCGUCAUUUUUUGGUACAAAAUCUCAAGAAGCAAUCGAGCCUUAUAUAUACGUAUAUAUAGAUAGAGAUUUAGAGUUCCGUGAACAGCCCGUAACAGCAAUUGAACGGAGGAAAAGAAACCAUGUACUCGAUAACUUUAUGAUAUUCUAUUACGAAUAUUUUUCAUUUGCUGUA